CCCAGCGAGGCGGAGCCGGCGCCCGGAGGAGCGGGAGGAGGAGAAGAAGUCGGAGCCGUCUCCAGGAGCCCUUAGAGACCGAGUCCCCGGCGGCGGCUGCAGCGGCGGGGGAAGCGCACCGGCAGGCGGAUUCACUCCAUCACUUAAAACCUGAAAACAUUGGACCAUACAGUCUUACUGAUUUCAGGUAGAAACAAUUAUCAAAGAUGUCGAGCAAAACAGCAAGCACCAACAACAUAGCCCAGGCAAGGAGAACCGUGCAGCAGUUAAGAUUAGAAGCCUCCAUUGAAAGAAUAAAGGUUUCAAAAGCAUCAGCGGACCUCAUGUCCUACUGCGAGGAACAUGCCAGGAGUGACCCUUUGCUGAUAGGGAUCCCAACUUCAGAAAACCCUUUCAAGGAUAAAAAAACUUGCAUCAUCUUAUAGUGGAAUAAUGAAACAGUUCCUCGCCUCUCCACAAAGCAACGAUGAGCGGCUCCUUGAAGAGAUGUACCUUCAGCUUAUUUGGUAACCACUGCUAAUAACUAAAAUGCUCUUAGCUUGGAAUAAUGGACUCUGAAGUCUUUAUUUUCCAAGUUGCUCUUUCUCUGAAAUACCCUAUACAGAAUAACAAUCUUGUUUUCCAUGUGAUAACUUUGGUGUUAUAUUGGGUUACUGUUUAAGGAAAGUUGGUCUGGGCCUUCUUAAAAACACAAUUACAUACUUUCAAUAUAUAUUUGAUUCAGAUGUGUCAAAACCUAAAUUGCUUAAGCACCUGCUAAAUCAAAAUACCAAGAAUAACUUAAAUCCUGAAACCUUUGUAUCAUAAUAUGUUCUUGAUAAGGUUGUGCCAACCUGUAUAGUAUACAAGGGGGGGGGUGUUUUGUGUAUAUAUAUGUGUCUUUGUGUAUACACAUAUCAAAGCUAUUUUCUUAUGAAAACUUCCCUCUCGCUGUACCAUCAGUUUCUCAGUUCCAAAAGUUAUAUCUUUGUCUUGAACUGUGAAUAGACAGAAUAAAAAAGUCUUUCAUAGUUAUUGUACAAAAAGUAAAGAACAUCCCAAAGAUUGUGUUCAUUGUAAUCAAGUAAUGCAGUCAUCUUUCCUCUCUUGAAAUCUUUUUGGACUUUUGAAGCUGUGAUAAACUGUGCCAAUUAAAAAUUUUAAACUGAACCAAAAGCCCUUUGAUAAUAUGCGGUAUUAAUUCACAAGGAGCCGUGUGGGCUUCAGUGGUCCUGAGUCUAAAAAAGGGGAGGAGACCCUGGGGAGGACCCUGUGCAGCUGUGCUCCCAGGGCUCAUGUUCUUCACUGGAUUAGGGAUAGACACCUCUGAAAUUUCCGCCCUGGUGAUUGGAAUGAGACGAAGUGAACAUGAGCCCAGCCGAGAGAGGAGCAGGAAUGUGUGGAAACCAGCUGCUCUUCUUGGCCCAGCUUUGUGGUCAAGCACUCGCUCUUCUCUCUGCCUUCCCUGGGCCUUUUGUGUCCUGCCAGAGCAUCUGUCUGCAGAGGUAAUGUUCCCCUCCCCAGCCCCAGGGAGGUGGAGCACAGUGGGAAAGAAACAUGCAAAAAGUGUAAAGGUAUCAAGACACUCAUGGUCUUUUCAAGUGUCUGCAGUUUCAUCUCUGCCUUGUCCACAGACUGAGAGGAGCAUAGGCCACCCGAGAGAGGCUUGGAUUCAGUGGCACACUACUUAGGGCCAAGGGUUUCCAGCAGCUGGGUAUCAAGCUCCUUGAUUUUCCCCUGGGAAUGAGUAUAUCCCUCACAUCCUUGGAAUUUCCAGUGGGGAUCCCAAAAGAAGGACUCUCCUAUGGCCAAGAGGGUAUCUUGACUUUAUCAAAGAGGAAGAAAGGGUCCUAUUUUAAAUGCUUAUUUAGGGGCUCAAACCAUAUACAAGGCCUUUGAUAUUUUAAUUCAUCUUCAGUUCAUUAAAAGUAACUAAUAAUGAUGGAUUAAAAACUUAUUCUCAAAAAGGACUCAAGAAAGAAUUAUUUACAACAGCUUUCCUGAAUUUUAUACAAUCUGCCCUGCAACGCAAGACCCUUUUAAAAUCUAAUAUCUAGGCUUUGCAUGUUAUGCUCACUGAGGGCGAACAAAUGCAGUACUAUUUUUAAACUGCUCACAUAUAUUCAGUGUUUCUCCAAGUAUUCUAUCUACUCAGCAUUGGGAAUUGCCCUCACUUUUCCAAGACCACGUGAAAGUCACAGCACUGCCCUUGACCUUGUGUCAUCUGCUGCUCAGUUCUGCAAUGUGCCCAGGUCUCAAAUACAUUAUAGGUACCUGUUUUAGGAAAGAUAAAGGUUUUACCUUUCCAAGGAUGAAAUUUGAUAUGUACACUACAAAGACAAUUUUACAUUUAAUGCUUCACUUAAUAAGACAUUCUUUUUUUAUAAGUAUAUUUUUCUACUGAUAGCUUCAGAACAGUAGUCUUAUUUUCACUCUGAUUUUUAGCAUGUUUCUUUAAAUAUUUAUAAUGCAGCUUAUUACAAAAUAUUUUCAUGAAAUUACUUUUAUUAUACCAUUAUGUACACAUUAUUGGUAGCAAGCAUAGUUUAUUCUUUAGUACUAAAAUAUGCUCUUUAACCUAACAGUAAACGAAUAUGUUUUGCUAUAUAUUUGUUAAUAUGCUUAUAGUGGUAAGAAGUGGACUUGAGGUCCUAGGAGAUUUCAUUUUGUUUUCGCUGGUCAGAUAUAAUAAAAGUUACUAAUAUAAAUGCUGUGUAACUUCCUCACCAUGUGUAGGGCAUGUUCAUGAAAAAAUGGAAUAAAAAAUCCUUUGAUGCUGGACCGAAGAGAGGAAAAAUUGUAACGAAAUAUUGAUUUACUUAUAACUAGACAUCUAUGUGAGAAAAUAUAAUAUAUGUAUACAUAUAUAUGAUAUGCAGAAGUCACUUUUAUUUAUCAGGCUUUAUUCUAGUUAUGAAGCCACAGGUUAACUGUCUGCAGCAAUUGGUUUGUAAUGAUAAAUGCCCAGUGUGUGUUAUUUUUUCCAACUACCACUAUAAUGACAUACUUACAUCUAUACAUGCAACUUCUUGGCUUCAUUUUCAUGAAGCUAUUUAAAUAUGUUCAAUGUACUUUGCCUUUAAUGCUGUGUCUGUUAAUAGCGAUCUCUUUCUUUUUUUCAUUCUUAUAUCUGUGUUCAUCAUAAAUCAUCUGUCCAGCUGAGGCCUCAGGACCAUGGCAGGAUUUCAUGACUAAAAGUAUUUUACAGAAACACAUUUUUUAAUAGGAAAAUAUUUUAUAUACUAGGUGGUUCACAAGCUAUGGGUUAUAGCUAAAUCAGGUUUUUAAAUUACUUACCUUAUUAAAAUGAAAAGUGCCAUACUUACCUUUUAAAGGAAAGACCUGAUUUGCUUUCUCCCUAUUUGGACUAUUUUUAUACUUUAAUUUCUUAAACUAUCAGGAAAAAACCCAAAACUUUAUACCAAUGAUUUAGUAAUUUUGAGGCAUAGAUUAGCUUACAUAGUGGAGGAUGUGCCAAAUUUUCUCUUCAAAUGCCACCUUCUCAACCAAUUUAUAGCUAAGAUAGCGUCAGCUGACUGAUUACUCUGAAUUUUGAUUUAAGAUAUAUAUAGGCCCAGGAAAUGAAUUACAUGUGCAGUGUGUGUUACUUUACAUGCCAGUCACUUAUCAAUGAAAUAAAUAUAAUACCAGACUAUGAGUUGUAUUGAUUUCUUUUAUGGUAGACCUGUUAAUAGGAAAAAAAAUACAUCAAAUCAAAUAGAAUUGUGUGUGUGUGUGUGUGUAUAUAUAUACAAAGAGAGAGAGCGCGUGCACUUACCUGAAAUCAAUGGCCUAGAUUUUAGUGCUGUAUCAUUUUUCUAGUCAAUUCUGUGUUGUGUGACUUUGGACAAGGCACUUCAUCUCUUUGGGCCUCCAUUUCUCCAUUUGUAAAACAAGGAGCUGGAAGUAGAUGAUGGCUGAGAUCCUCCCUGCCCCCACAUGCUUCAGUCCAGUGACCCCACCCCUCUGCCGGCCCUGCCCACGUGUUGGUGCUAUAAGCUGCUUCAGAUAUAAAAUUGGUUUGUCUAUAAUGUAUGCUCAUUUAAUAGCUUAUAAAAGGCAUUUUUGUUAUACAGUACUUUUUUUCCUAGUUUUAUGGAUUUGGUUCCUGUAAUAAUGUCUUGUUUUUAGCCAUGUAACUACAAACAUAUAUUCUCUUGAUGUCUCAGUAAAUUUGCAUUUGAUAUAUCAUUGAUGAGAUUUUGUUAUUUUUUAACAUUCUUGGCUACUCAUCUGUCCAGCAUCUUACUAACCUUAACACUGUGAUUGUUUGGAUAUCUGUCCUAUGGAAAGAAUAAAAGUAUUCACUUCACUGCGAGCAUGUUCACAGAUUUGAAAGAAGUUCCAUUAAAAGCACUAUUGCUUUCU